CCCUCGCCAUGUCAGUCACUUGCCUUGCCUUCGACGCCGGAUCAGCUUGGAAUAUAUUAGCCCAGCCUCUGCCUCCGCUCACCUCUUCUAGAAUCUCCGGGCUUGCGAGCACACUUCCGUUCGAGAGUCUCUGCUUGCCAUCAUGUCUCAGGACUGGAACACCGUGAUGAUCUCCAAGACCCGCCCCACGGCGACACGUGGCCAGAAGAACGCCGCCACUGCGGCCGCGGCACGUAGCGGGACGUUGGACACAGAGCGCAAGUUCGCCGCAGGGGAGAACAAGAGCUCCCACCGGGGUCACAUGAACAUGAAGAAGCUCGACGAUGAGACGGAGGAGUUCCAGCACACACGCGUCGACCGCGGGCUAGCUCAGGCAAUCCAGCAGGCACGUCUAGGGAAAAAGAUGACGCAGAAGCAGCUUGCGACGCAAAUCAACGAGAAGCCGCAGGUGGUGGGCGAGUACGAGAGCGGGAAGGCCAUCCCCAACCCGCAGCUGAUCAGCAAGCUCGAGAGGGCGCUCGGCGUACGCCUGCCCCGCCCGGGCAAGAAGGGGAAGAAAUGAAUCAUUUAAAUAUAUGCUUAAUGAAGAUGACGCGUCCACCGUGGGAAAGGGUAACGGCGGUAACAACACGGGAGACCCUCUGCUGGACGGAAAAGGAUGGUGCCGCAUGAGUAAAGGUGAUGUGAGAAGCAUG